GCAUCAUCGCGCAUCUGCCGCCCAACCCUGCCUCAGCCCCAGACCACUACACGCGACACGUUCAAGUCAACGCGAUCCAUCAACCCCACUUUCGACUCGAGCUCCUACGACCCUAGCCCCACAUCCUCAGAAGCAGGACAACAACUUCAGCUGCCCAACGACCAACUUUUAGGAGUUAUUUAUCUUCGACCAAGGAUCGCAGGUCUAAACCAAUACCAUAUUUCUACAAUGGCUUUCUCAACGCAUGCGCUGCACCAGUUCCGCCGCUAUUCGACACAGCUGCCUCGCGACCCGCGCUACAGGCUCAAAGCGACGCUCAUGACGGGCUACCUUGUCUCCGCGUUCACCCUACCCUUCGUGCCGCCACUACUGGAGUCGAGAAGGACCAGGGCUGAUGGGUCCUACCUGACAAGGGAGAACGUAUACUGUUCCUCGCAGUAUCUCGGAUGCGCGAGAUAAGCAUGGUUAACCAUCACGAGCCGCGCAUAGAGUUCAUUCCGUCGCCGAGGUUUUAGUCCUUGCGCCCUUUCUGUAGCACCACCUGUUCCUGCGCCGCCGACGAACCACUCAUACCC